UUCAAUUUUUUAGUUCUUUUCGUUAAGAGUUUAAAGUUAAUAAAUCAACGUAAGAUUAAAUCUAUUUUAGUGAUUUUACGGUGAAAUGUAUCAUAACAUCGACUAAUUGGAAAUUGUUGUUUUCAUAUUUUAGUUCUCUAAUUCUCUUAAUAAUUUGUAUAUUAUAAGCUCAAACUAGCUUCAUAUGUAACUACCUAUAUUGAACCAAAUUGAAGAUGGACAACCCGUCUGUCAUUAGUUUGUCAUCAAAGGCACUAUCAAACGUAUUAGAACUUAUUAAAAUGAUGACUGGACAAAAUAACUUCAAUGAAGUUUAUCUGAAAUAUGCUCAAAUAAUAAAUAACUUGCAUGAUGUGUAUUAUGAGCUUCCUAAACGGUCAGAUGUUGAAUAUUAUGUAAAAGGAUUGAUAGAAAAAUAUCGUGUUCAAGGAUUUCCGUUGGAAGCUAAGGAAUUUGAAAUGCGCAUUCACCGAUUUAUUAACUAUUCAAAUAUUAAUAACUCAUCUAAACUGUCGUCUGAUGUUAUUAAAUGGGCAAUCGUUGGGAUGAUAAUUAGUAUGGCUAAUAAUCCUUGUGGUUCUAGAAAUGUUUUUCGUAAGACUAAUUUAAACACUGUCAGAAUUGAGUUAGAAGGUGAAGCUGCAGUACUUGGAGAUUCRUGGAGAGCUGAUCUUAUACAAGAGUUAUUAAACAUUGGUAGAACUUCUUACUGUAUAGAAUCUGAUUCUGAAACAGAUUAUGAAGACGAGGUUGAUUUUUGCCCAUCAAUUGUUCUAUUACCAGAGAAUACUAUAGUUAAUAAAAUAAAAGAUAAUAAUAACUCUCUAACUAGUAGGGAAUAUCUGAAAUUAGUUUUUUCCCAUGAGAAUAUAGGUAGACAUGUAUUAUUAAAACGGGUUGCUCAAUUUUGGUGGCUCAAAAAAUCUAAAACAGCUAAAGGUGAACAGCAUCCUUUUUAUUCCAGUUUAAAAAAAUAUACAAAUAACAAAAUGUUUAAAAUUAUAGACGAUAACUUCAUAAUACUUGAAUGUUUAAAUAGUUAUUUAACUGUAUCAAAUAUUCUUCAGUAUAGUUUAGAAGAACAAAGUAAAUUAUUUGGAUGUAUGACUAUUUCAUCAUCUAUAUCACCUGAGGCCUUUAAUAGAUGGGUUUUAACUAUUUCACCUAGCAUCAAAAAAUUUAACCAUCUAAUAAAAUUUACGCGCCACUUAAAAGAACUAAAAAAAAUACCCCAUACAUUAGGGGCAUAUGCUAACGGAUUGGAGUACAUUUUAGAACCAAUAAUUAAUAAAAUGUGUUGUAUUGAAAAUAGAAUUAAAAAUUGUGUUGGCCAUGAUACAUUAUUAUCAUUUGAAGAAGAAAUGUAUAUGAAUUUUCAAAUUAUUUCUUUUGUUUAUUCUGUGCAUUCAAAAGCUAUAGUUUCAAAUUGGGAGACAACUGAUAAUUGGAAAAUUUCAAUUAAAUUAAUUUCUGUUUUAUUUUGGUCCGUUCAAAAUGCAAUUAUUGAUUACCAAAAAUUAAUUGUCAUGACAUUGUUUUUAUAUGCAUUUGAACCUUAUGUUCACAUGACAGAAUUAUGGAUUCAUGCUGGGCAGUUGGUUGAUCAAAACAAUGAAUUUAUUAUAUACAAUUAUGAAGGAGACAGUAGUAUACCAUUCAAUAUAUUCUUUAAUGAUGUUCAUGAAUACUUAAAAAAUUAUAACAUAAGUGUACCACCAAUUCUUGAAUAUCUAAUUCAUUUUUUGAAUAAUUGUGAUUGGAAAGUGUUUGUAGCAUCAGAAAUGAGUAAUGACACUUUUGCCUUAUGUGAAGUUCCCAGAGGCCAACUGUUUAAUAAUUUUUUAAUUGAAAUAAGAAAUUCCAAUACUUUCUGGGAAAAUUACAUWAAUCCUUUCAAUGAAUAUAAUCCAUCCAACUGGUAUACAUCGCCAUCGUUAACAUCAGCUUGUGUGCAUUAUAAAUUUAAUGAUAAAUCAACAUUUGAACUGACUAUGCCUUCGAGUUAUGAAAUAGUAAAUAUGUUUUUAUUGGUUAUACAAAAGUCCAUAAAUAACAUUGGAUUGGAAGUUGGAGAUAUUGUUCUGAAAAAAAAUAAAUUUGUGCAUCAUCUAAAGAAUUUGUACAAUAUAAUUUUCUUAGAAGAUGUGAAUAAGUCAGUUCAAAUUGAUAGAGUUAUGGAAUAUAAGAUUGAACGUAAUUCGUUUUUGAACAAUUGUUUUUAUUCACUUCUUAGUGAUGAUCACAGUUCAGUUUUAUCUAGUAAUCAUUCAUGCAAUCUCUCACUAAACUAUAAAACAGAAAAAAAUAAUUAUUUUGAAGAAAAUGAUGUAUUCAAAGAUAGUUUUGCUGAUGAACUUGAACGCCUUACAAUUACUUAUGAUGUGAAAUUUCCAUUAAGUCUAAUUUUAACCAAUGAGGUAAUAUUUAACUAUAACAAAAUUUUUCGUCUCUUAAUAACAAGCAAGCAAGCUGUAGCAAUGAUCUCUCAGUUACAAACUAAAGAUUUAAAUAAGUAUAACUACUCAUUAGAUGUGAAGCGAAUGUAUUUUAUUAGAUUAUGGAUUAUGUCAACUACUUACAAACUACAAACAUACUUCUUCAGUGUCGCAUCAAGAUAUCUGGGCUCUAAACUAUUUGAUAGUAUUAAAAAUGUAAAAAAUGGUUUGGCUGCUUUUGAAAAAGUACUUGAAGAUCAUGUUAACCAGGCUAUAAGGUUAUGUAUGCUAAAUGGAUCAAUGGAAAAAUAUUCUUACGAGUCAUUGGCUUUGUUAUGGAAUGCCUGUGAGCAAUUUACAAAAUUAUGGGUGAGUAGUGUAAUAGAAGACAGUAUUGAUGUUGAAUUAAUGGAAAAAAUUGAACAAGAAUAUGUAGAUUCUUGUUGGAAAUUAGCCAGUAGUUUGGACACAUAUCUUACAUCUGAGGAUGAUACAUCUAGUAUUUUAUUUGAAUUUUGCCGAGAUUUUAUGUCAAGUAUGCCAACUAAAGAAUCAGCUGAUCUUGAUGGUAGUUUAGUUUACAAAUUGAGUGAUUCACGAAAUCGAUAUUCUUUUACAUAUAUUUAAACACCAUYACUAGAAAUAAUUGACGUUCAUAAUUAUGUACUUUUUUCACUUAAAUG